CAAAAAAGCCUCUCUGUGCCCAAAUCUGCAGCCGCAGAAGCGCAAACACCACUGACAGGCGUGCAGGCAGCGCUGCGCUAUCAUCAGCCUCUCCAGGGAUCUGCGACUUCUACUGUCACUGCCACUUUUUUUUUUUUUAAAGAGAAAAUCUGAUUCGACCUGGAUAAGUUUGUCUGCUCCAGUUGUCCUCCCAGGAACGCUUCAUUUUAUUAUUAUUUUUUUACAUUCCGUCAUUGUUAGAAUAAAAUGCGCCUUGCAAGGUGUAGAAAUCCCCUUCAGGUCCGGACCAAGAUGAAGAGCCUGUGAUCUCUGGAGGAAGCAGAAGCUCAAGGGAUAUUUUUCCUUUUUUUUUUUUCAAGUAAGGGGGAUUUUUGUGAGACGUCGCAGCUUGGCUCCACUUUAAGGUGAACUUUUGUAACUCUGAGGACCUGAUCUGAGAAGUUAAAACUUUUUGGGGUAGUUUCCCCCCCAACAAGGAAGCACCCAAUGUUGCAGUCCGUGCCUUUCCUGCUGCAUGUAUCCUUACACUGGGAUUCGGUCUCCUACUUACCGCCGGAGUUGUGUGCGUAAAAAGAGUUGUGUGCGUAAAAAGACGCGCAAAGCCUGAGAGAGACACAGAGAAAGGGGCGAUCCCUCCAAGCUUUCCCGGGGCUCUGAGUGUGAGGAAGCAGGUGCAUUUCAGCCGUCUUUCUGAGAGCCAAGAUGUCCGUGCUCCCUUCAAGGUUCCUCUACCUGUGUUUACACUUUCUGGUUCUCUACUUCCAGCUGCAGGAAUCGCAGCAGAGCACUGCAGAUUUCAGGGUUUACAUUGAGAACCACACAAGGAACCCGGAUGAUCUGAGCCGAAAGCAGGUCCGGAUCUACCAGCUCUAUAGCAGGACCACAGGAAAGCACGUCCAGAUAUUGGGGAAGAAGAUCAACGCCAAUGGAGAUGAUGGGGCUCUUCUCGUUGUCGAGACGGAAACCUUCGGGAGUCACAUUCGAAUAAAAGGAAAAGAAAGUGAACAUUACAUUUGCAUGAACAAUAACGGCAAAAUUGUCGGAAGGCCCGAUGGAAGGAGGGAAGACUGCGUCUUUGUGGAGGAAUUCCUGGAGAACAACUACACAGCCCUGGUGUCUGCUAAGUACAAAGGAUGGUACCUCGGCUUCAACCGAAAGGGACGGCCCAAGAAAGGGUUCCGCACCACACAGAGGCAACAAGAAGUCCACUUCAUGAAGCGCCAUCCGAAGGGCCGAGUGGACCCGCUAGAGGAGUUCCGUUUCACCCCAGUAACUAAGCGGACACGAAGGGCUCGGCGGUUAAAACAAAACUCCAAGAGGAACUGAUGGGACCGUUGGGACAGCACUAGAUAUCCUCACAAGGGGGGGAAAAACAAACUGAAAAUCUCAAGCUUCUUAAAAGAAUCACCUUAAAGACCCAACUUCUGUAAAAGAAAGAAAAAAAAAAUGAACAAAAGAGUCAAAGAUGUUAUAUUUUUGUAUUUCAGGAUGAUAUUUCCUGACUCUUGGAUUCUCCUGGGUUGAUGUCAUUGUGCUAAAUUUUCUGUCAUGUUAUUUAUACUGGAUAAACUCAAGGACCUCUGAGAGAACUCGUGUCGCUGCUGUCCUCAGCCACGUUUGAACUGCAAGCUGAAGGCAUACUUUCUUUUUGACAAUGGGAGCUGAAGCAGGAGCUGACGCAAUGUUAUAAAAAUCAGCCAACUAGAGAUUUAUUGGAAUACCUGUCGGUUUUUGUUUGUGUUGCCCCUGACAACGCGGAUCCAAUACUUUCCACUGGAAUUAGACACCAUGGAGAUGAAACGGAGAGAGGCGGCAGGUGACACCAUGCUGCCGGGAUAACUGUGUAGCUUUGAGUGCAAUAUUUUACAAGUCUCUUGUCCUUUACUUUCUUUCCGUGUGCCUUUCAUCCCUACAAGUCGCUUGCGGCUCCUGGAAUGCGCUGAGACCUCGCAGUCCCUGGUGAGAUCUUCAUGACAUUUCCAUGCAGCCUGCGAUCCGGGCCGAAACGCAACGUGCUUUGACGAGUUCGACACCUGUUGUGAUUUUUAGCCUUGUUUAAACACUGGAAGGAAACAGUCCAAACAGACAACAGCGUAAUUCCACACUGUCUUCCAGCUUCAACACACUUGGGGAUGGUUGUUAAUCCCUUUUGUCUGUUUCUUUCAGCUCUUUGUCACAUGUGUUAAAACUGCUUCAAAUGUAGAUGCCUUUUAUUCCUAACCUGAGAGUUUGCCAGCCUUUUGGGGCUCAUGAUGACUUCCUCUACCUCUUUUGUUUAUCUGUACCUAGUCUGACUGUCUGUGUUCAGUUAAUCUCAACUUUGACCCUAAAGCCAGCUCUUGUUUUUUUUUUCACUUGAAGAUGCUUUCAGAAAGAAAAAAGCACAUCGAUCAUCCACAGACAGGUAUCUGUGUGUUAUUCUCCAACACUUUUUCAUACAACUUCAUCAGAUGAUUGAAACUACUUUUGCUAAUAUUCAGAUGACAGGAUUCAGGAAAUCCUUUUAACCGGAUUUCAUGUCUGAAUCUUAAAAAGGGAAAACUUCACUCAAUGACAAUAAACUCCAGGUUUUUUUUUUCCACCAGUAGUUUGUAUCUACCAGUCUCAUGGAGGGUCUUUUUGUAUGACCUACUACUAACAACAUGACACAUUUAUGUUUUUUUUUUAAACAAAUCUAAGCAAAAAAUAAUUUUAUGACUAUUAUUAAGAUAUUUAUUGUCUCCCUUUGUAAAUAAAAUGUGAGUUUUAUUUGGCCUCUUUUAAUAAAAUGAGGACUAUAUUUAAAAAAGUUUGUGUUUAUUAUAGAAACAUUUUUUUGUGUCUGGGUUUUGAAAAUUUGCCUGCCGAAUAUGACAGUCUUUGAAAGAUGAAUGCUUCAGGUAGUUGGUUCAACAUAGCGUACAUUCCCUUCUCCACAUACUGCCAAGGUAUGCAUUUUUAUAUACAAACUCAGGAGUGUGAGGACUACUUUUAAGGUCAUCGCUUUAAAAAGACCUAUUGCAACAACUCUGAAGGAUUUUUAUAUCACUAUGAAAGCAAAUCUGGUCUCUCCUGCAGCACUGAUACAGUUAUCUCUGCAAAAGCCAUCAUUGGAUUAUAAAGUAGUAUUUUUGUGCAUAGCUGUGAUUAAAAGUAGUGAAUGGCAGCAAAAAAAAGCAAAGUGAUAAAUAUAUUUUUCCCUGUUAAGAUCUUGAAGCCAGUAGCAGCUAGAAUAUGACUUUGAUCUACAUGCUAUCUCCUCUAACUCUAUAAACUGACACUAUAGUGGAGAUUUUUCCAUGUUUUUAAAGUGCUAAAUGAAAGCAGAAUAGCACAUCUCAUAAUCCUGUGUGCAGGAAUGAUGUUUACAGUUACUGUCAGACUGAAAGAUGGAGGCUUUGAAGGGGGAAAAAUACUUGUGUUUAAAUUCCUUGCGAUCUUAUCAGGGCCCCCCUCCUUCACUCCACUCUGGUAGUCACCUCCAGCAGAUCCAGAGAUUCCCCAUUCUGUCAUGGGAUUUCAAAUGUCUGACCUGCUUUUAAAGGUGGAAACAGAGUGCUCGACGUGUGACCCGGUGAUGCACCAUUAACGUAAUGGAUCCGCACUGAAGACUCUUUGUCUUCAGGGGUUUGCUGUAAGAGGGCUGGGGGAUUUUGAAGAAUGUUUCUUGUAUUCUAAACUUCACUUGAUGUCAUUUGUUCAUUUUCUACCUUUGCAUGAGAAGAAAUUCAAAUAAAAAACUAGCAGGGGCAUUUUCAUACAGUUUUGUAACAAGUUGCCAUUUUGGAAGGCACUCAUGAGGUUCAGGUUGAAUACAGACCCUGAAAACCAAGGCAACACUACAGGUGUUUUGAUUGAGGGAAGGUUACAUAUCAAUGUAAAAAACACUGGUCAUCUUUAGAAUAUUUUGAACCAACUAAUCUGUAAAAUCUCCUUUUCACAUGCUUGUGUACCUGAUUAGAUAAAACAUGCUUUUUCAUCCUCCUAAAGAACCUAGUUUGAUGUUUUAAUCCUAAAUAUAUUGGCAUCAU